GGGGGGGGGGAUGUUUCAAAACUUCGGACUAGCUGUUGCUUCAAAUGGCUUCUAGACUGACUUUUUAUUCAAAGUACACUAAAAAAUUAUUCUAGUUUUUGCCUUCAAAAUAUUCAAUUUGAUAUCAAUUAUGAUUAGGGUUGACGGGCAAGUUUCUUACACUUUUUCAUGAGAAAAAACGUAACAUUUCGAAACAAAACUGUGGAACUUAACCAGUGGUGUAAUCAUAGCUUGGGUAUUGAGGGGAUGAAAAUGUUGAAUGGAAAGCGGGAAGUAAAUCCGGGACUCGCUGCAGGCAUACAGAUGCUGUAGGGGAAAUUGUUUGUGACCAGGCCUUUUAGCACGUUUAGCAAGACCCAUUACGUAAAACUUUUUAGUAAAAAACUUAGGGAAAUUUUUACGAACAUGCGGCUUUGGUGAAACAGUUGUUUAAAUAAUGAAACUGUGAACUUUCGAGAAAAAUUAAAUAAAAGCCUUUAUGAUUGAAAACUGUUUCAUAUGCAAAAGCAACUUUUCUAGCAAAUACUGGCUUUUUAUAGAAUUUAUUGAAAAAGGAGACACGGAAGAAGAAGGUAAAGGAACCUCCUUUUCACCAAUCUGCUGGAGGCAUAAUGAAUCUGAGCAGAACUGUUUUACUCUAACGUCUAAGGUUUUUACGAUCUCUGGCUAUGGGCAAUUGUACAAUCUUUGGAGGGCAUGUAUGAAUCUUGCUAGGAAUCAAGGUUGCUCUUUGGUGAAGCUAUGAUCCUAAGUUAGGGUUUUUGGUGCUUAAACUGCUGUUAGAAUAAAAUGGCUUAUUAGAGAGCAGCCUGGUCUUAGUAAAAAAGUUGAGAAGAGUGAAUCCAAGUUAAAAAGAGUGAAAUAUCAUGAUCUCCGAGUACAGUUCUUAUCGGGAAGCAACAGUUGCCGCGCUUGUUUUCUAGUCCCCGUCCUCUCCCAAUAUGAAAUUCAUUGCAACAAAACAAUUAUUACCCUGAGCAUGGGUGCAUAGUACUAAAAAUUUAUCUGUAAAAAAAUUGCCGUUAUUCUCUCAUACAAACUGUUAAUCGAGAGCUUUAGUCAUUUUGAAGAAAGUAAUAAUGGAGAACUGCAACAUUUUCCUUUAUAAUGCUUUUGGCAUGUUUAAAUGUUUGGAAUUUAAUAUUGCUAGGACAUUUGAUAUUUUUAACAUUGGUAAUUUAAUAUUGGUAAUUUAUCGCGAAAGCUGUGUCAGUAAUGCCAUAGAGCUGCACAUCAAUAAAUUAUUAUUAAACGUUUUAACCUUGGGAAACGCCCAUUAUACAAGGAUUAGGCAUAUUGGUCACUGAAGAGUUUGUGUUUUCAAAUAAUGUAUGAAUGUGCUUAGAAGUGACACAUUCAAAAUUAUUUUUAUAAUAUUGUGAAAACAAAGUAGUCAAUUGUAGAAAUAUGUUUUCAGAACUUAAACUGCUUAUGUUUUUUACUGGUGAUAAUCGCUUUACAUUUUAAAUAUAAACAUCGGAAUAAUUUUGUACGAUGGGUGCAUCUUUUAUGCAAAUUGAUGAUAAAAAUAUUCAUCUUAUGCCGUACACCUCAUUUUUACAGGCAUUAUUCAACUGGUCUGUCCCGAUUUGCAACAUUUAUUCCCUAUUUGAUUUUCUGCCAUUUUUAUCCUAAAAUCCUAUUCGUUGGAUCUAAGGGCGUCGUAGAAGGGGGUAGGUCACCCUAGGAUCAUUCUGUACAAAUGUUGUGUGUUUUUCGGAGGAACAACUUAUAUUUGUGGCUUUUUUUUAUAUCAUUUGCUUACAUGAGGUGCAGCUCGGAUUUUGUUUUGCAAGUAGGGGGAACUUUAAACAAAUAUCUACUUUUGGGGAUAAAUGCAAAAGGAAUUUGUCUUACUUUGAAACAUUUGGGUAUAAAGCCAAAAAGAGGAAGAUUAUUCGAGUAUGCACUGUUUACCAUAAUGGGAUUGAUUUACAAAAAUGAGGCAAAAUGAAUAUCAAAUGAGUUACAAAAUACACAAUAUAAUACUAAAAAGCAUUAAAACGAGAUAUUUUAAGUGAUCUUCGAAAUAAUUUUCAACAGAAGCGCACUUACUAAUGGGGAAUCAUGCAAAACUCAUGGUGAAAUCUCAGGGCCUAGUUAGAAACUACCUUUCUUAUUGUGUAUGCUAAAAGAUCCACUGUUUAAAGUUUUGCUUUUGACAAAAUAACCAUUUCCAGGCCUCAAAGCCAGUUUACACGAUGAAAUUUUUAUUUUUGUCUAACUAAGCAUUGAUAAGACCAAUUAUAAUUUAUCCACUAUUUUUCAACAUUAUAUUGUAUCAAUACUUAAGGCCCAAAACAAGGAUUUAAAACAGACAAUGUAGUAAAUAUUUCAUUCGUAAGCAGCUGUUUGCGAUUCAAUAAAGCCUUGUCUGAUUCCUUUGAAAUUUAAUAAGAGUUUCCAACAUAACUGAUAAUUCUCGAGAAUAAAUUAUCGCUUGUUUUACGAUUGCCAGGUAUCUGAAGAAGCCUCAAUUGAGGGUGAAGAGAGAGGAUGGACUCUAGAAAAGAGACUGUUUUUCCUCAGGAAAGAAAGCUAAGGAUUUGACAAAUGUGUAUCAAAUGAUAUUAUAAAAGGUUUUAUAUAGGUGUGAUACUCUUAAUAUGCAUUUGAAUGACCGUCCAUACAUUUGUCAGUCGACACACAGGGCUCAAUAAAUCUCUUACUGUGUGCACGUUCUUUGGUCGUAUAAAAGUUAGGCUUGCCCGGACCCAGCUCAUUUAAAAAAUUUCUGCUUAUUCAUUUUCCCAACCAAUAUACAGAAUGGAUUUUGCACCUUCAUAUUAACGUGAGCAUAUUUUGAUGAGUAAAAUAAACACACAAAAAUACUGCGCCCAAGUGUUUGAGAAAUAUUCUUAAAGACAUGCUAGUAUGAAUACUUGCAUAAUUAUCAUUUAAUCAUCGGUAAGAACUUUAUCUGACCAAUCUGUUUAAAGUACUGAAUCUUUUGAAGGUUAGGCCUUAAGAUUCAGGGCCCAUUCGUGAAUGUUAAGCAAGGAUAGCACAUAUCUAAUUUUAAGGCAAAUAUGUCACUGCACAUUUUGAUGAAAGUAGGUGAUUUUCGUGCAGGACCCUUAAAAAAAUCUUUGUGACCACGUCCUUCAAUUUAGUAGCUACAAUCCUUAACAAAAGUCCUUGGAACACCCUGCGACCAAUGAAAGAUUUUGAAGAAAUAAAGGUUUUUCCGGCUGAAAGAUACAGAAAUAUCCCCCCUCCCUCUAUGAAACAAUGUUGGCUGAAAAGCCUACUACUGACCCUAGCUAAUAAACGGACAUUGGACGAAUUUCAAGCUUUGAAACUGUUGUUAUUCAACAUUGUUUCAAGGGGGAGAGGGGGAUGCUACUGAAGUUAUGCGAAAUUUUAGCUUGGUGUACCAAGACUUUUGGCAAGGAUUGUAGAAGAACAAUCCAUUAAUGAUUCUUGUAUCACGAUUGACAUCUCAUACGAGGCAAUUAAUGAUGUAAGAAGUCGACCGAUUACACUAUUAACAAGUCAUUCAUAAUAUCAACAUUACUGUAACUUCUUCAAUUAAAUAUUGCUGAAGUACAUUUUCUGUUUUUUAUCCUUUUAUUCAUUUUCAAUUUUUCUACACAGCUUCGUUAUUUUCUUCAGUGAGAAAUACGUUUGAAAAUAAUUCUUGUUUGGAAUAAUUCGAGUUCCUCUUCUUCUUCUUGACUGGGAACCCUUUUUCUGUUUAUUCUGUCUUAUCUUGCUAAAUCUAUUUCUAUAGUAUUCGAUAUAUUCCCUGGAUCGGACUCUUUAUAAAUAAUAAGAGAAAAGAAGCAAGUAUUUUAGACUGGUGCGUGGUGCCUGAGCCAGUUACAAUACGAGCAGACCAGUUUUGUAGUUUUUGUAAGUGUUUGAUCUCGGCCAGACAACAACAGCCUCAUGUCGAACAACAGAUGAUAGGAAACAAAACGUUUCUUUCAUCUCUUAUCGUCUUUACUUUCUUUCAUUUCUUAUCGUUAGCGAAGAAAGAUUACCCAAAAAUGUAUUGCUUUUUUCCUUUACAAAAAUUCUUCAUCAAGUGCAAGAUACUAACUUUUUGAAGGCUUUUACUACUGUUACUAGGUUUUUGCCAUCAAAGAACAAGAUACGAACGUCGACAAGACUUUUUUGCCUCCCCCACGUUUUCAGUGUCUGAUGGAUAGGAAUAGCGAGUACACGUUUUCCAUUUAUAAGAUGGUGUAUAAGAAACUAGUACUAGGUUGCCCAAAAAUUUAGGAAUCUUUGGUACUAUGUUCAAGAAAAUUCCAUGUUCAGAAAAAGUGUCCGAAAGUUUUUAUUUUAUCAAUUUUUCUUUGGAAAAUGAUAGCAUACUUCCGAUAUUUUAUUCCUGCAUGGGUUCUUUCGUGGCGAUCUUUGUUUAUUCUCUUCCAAACUGCUCAACUUCAAAAUAAUAAGGGGGUGGGAAUAAGGCAAUUUUAAGUCCCGAAAUAAGUAACCCACUAAGAAUCUUUUAUUACUAUAACGCCAAAAUUUGGAUGCCAAGUUAAGAAACUUUUAGUACUUAGUGCUGAUUCUGGUUUCUUAAAAAAUAAAAAAAGAAUCAUUGAUUUUAUAAGGAAGGGUGAACCCUCCAAACCCGGGUUUAACAUACCUCUACAAAAUGUAUUCUUAUAUUCUUCGGUAGCCUCUUCAAAAAGAUUGGCGAUAUACACAACCACAACCAUUGACAAUCACAUUUGAUCUGUUUUCCCUUUCACUGUUCAUUUCCCAUCAGAUUAUUGAGUUGAGUUUUGACACUCUCUUUCACUCGACUCGAGUUCCGAAAAUUAAACAGAUGUUAAAUAAAGCAUUAAAAUUAAUAAAAGCCUCUGUAUCAUUAUGUUUUUAACAUGUAGCGUUUCACUUUGUAUUCAAAUGUCAAUGUCGAAGUUUCGCAAGCAACUUUGUCGGAACUCGUACACGUCAAUCAGCAAAAUUGAAGCAUCUGGUGGACGUCACGCGCACAACCGGAUAUUGUCAUUGUGUUUGAACUUAUUUGUCUGCGGCGACAUCUGAGAUUUGUUAGGCCAGCCUUUCAUAUCGUGCGACACGACUUGGAUAACCUGCCGAAUAUCGCAUAUUUUCUCUCGCAGCAUUCGUGGCUUUAAACUUGCAAAAAGGAGAUGGAAUUUGAAAAAGAUUUACAGGAAGCUCGCAAGGCCACACCAAAUAGAGCGAGAGUCUGGACAGUUGAAGAAAUAUCCCUUCUUAUCAAAGUCUGGUCGAACAAUGAAGUUCUUUACAACACCAGACAUACAGACUAUUAUAAACGGGAUAAAAGAUCCGUCGCAAUGAACGAGAUUCAUGAAGCACUUGGUAAAAUUCAUUUGGUCGAUAUCAUACGAAAAAUGGAAAACCUACGCAGCUAUUUUGGUCGCGAAAUUAAGAGACUGUACGACAGUGGAGUUCCUGUCGGUGCUACCAAAGGACAGUCGAGAUGGGCCUAUUUUGAUUCGCUAUUGUUUCUGGAAGGACACAUGAACCAGAAAAGAGCGACUCCGAGGUCAGACGAUACGGUUGCGAUAUGCGACGUUGACGGGAAUUAUGAAUCCUACGGCGGGCACGACGAAUGUUCUAUGGAGGGUUUGGAAGGUGAACUUAAAACAGAGUCCCAUCGAGAAUCUGUUGAGGCAGCAGCCAAACAGACGAAAAGGCCUAAAUUAAACGAUAGAAGUAAACAAGAUGUGCCACAGCCGAGACAUCAGUCAUCACAACAAUUCCCAACCAGCCAUUUAAAGGAGACAACGGCUGUAGCAAUGCCUUCAAGAGCGUCACGAGAUUUUAUUGAAAUUGACUCCUGUUUAUCGCCGAAAGAUUCGUCAAGGUUGCGAUCAAUUGGAAUUUCACCCGAGAUUCAUGAAGAUAUGAUUUUUGCAGAGCACAUUGGACGGACACUUAUAAGCAUAACUGACGAACUUUUGAAGGAGGAUUUAAAGUUGCAGAUACAGCAAUGCUUGUGUUCCACAAGACGAAAGCAAAUUGCAAUCCACCAACAAGCACAACAAAAAAGGAUAAAAUCACAGAACAGCAUGCAUAAUUGGCAAAGGUCGGACCAAACUGACCAACCACCAUCUUUUGUUUCUUUCUCUUCGAUAUCGUCUCCUGAAUCGCCAAUCCACACUGUAACACCACAAAUCGACAGGGAAGAGAGAAAUCACAAUUCAAAAGAGUAUUGAUCUGCUUUUUACAGGAAAAAGUUCGUUUACCAUGUGCUUUGUUGGUAUUCUUACAAGGAAAGACAAUUAGAUGGAAAGACAUUUACAAAAACGAUGUGCUCAGAGGUGACCCUGACUUUUUGUAGGCAAAGAUUUUCACUUUCAUUCAAACAAUCCUCUCUUUUUUGGUCACAAUGUUCCAUUCUCCAAUAUCCAAAUUCAGAAAAACUUUAUUUUAUUGUUUCUCCCAUGCUUCUCCAAAAUUUGUUGGAGAAUGGAACAUCUUGGCCCUCCUAGAAUCGGACCACCACAAUACCCCCUGAAUAAACUUCCACCUUUUCAGCUACAUGAAGCAAAUGCCCUCUUGUACCAUUAUGUAGAGGAUAGAGACGGUGCACCCAAGAUGAAGACAUCGUGACAUCAUGAGGAGGCACCUAAGAACGAAAUACAUUAAAUUUGGUGAAAUUGAUAGGGCCACGUAGCUAUAGAUGUCGGCUAGGGUGGCAGGCACCGCGGAGCGUUGAGAAAAGUGGGAG